CAUGCCUUGCACUGUGCUGCGUGCGCACAAUUCGUCCAAGAUGGCGUCGGGCCACUAGCGCCACCAACAUGGAACUACUCGAAGCCUCUGCGUGAAUUUCACGCUCAACAGUAUUUCUGACAAAUUGAUAGAAACAACAUUUGUUCACUCAGUGAUUUUUACCACACCACUGGAAAACGUGUCUCGGCAGCCGGGAUUGACCGCCAUUUUCAGUAUUUACUUGCAAACCCUUUGCGGGCAUUUUUUUGUUGUGUUUUAUCUGAGAAAUACUAUUCAGUGAUCACCGGAGCCAGUCAUGGCUAGGAGUCGUAAGGACAGCAAUGGAAAAAGUGACUCGGAGGCGACCGAUAAAGAUAGCAAACGCGAUAAGGGUCGUGAGAAGGACAGGAAGAAACGUACUGCAUCGUCCUCGAGCAGUGGAAGCAGCUCGUCAGACAGUAGUUCAGGCUCAUCGAGUUCCAGCAGUGGCAGCAGUUCUCGUUCCAGUUCUUCGUCCAGUAGCUCAUCAAGUAGCUCGGGAAGCUCGUCAGGAAGCUCCAGGGACAGAAAUCGUAAACGCAGUCGUAGUAAGAGUGCUGAUGCCUCCAGAAGGCAUGACAACAAGGAGAAGGAAAGGGAGAAGGAUCGGGAAAAAGAGAGGGAGAGAGAUCGAGACAGGAAUAAGGAUAAGAAGAAGAAUGAUUCCGUGGCUGAUAAACUAAAACCCAAAGGAAGAUCUAGGUCUCCAUCAGCAAGAAGAUCGGUUUCUCCUCGUCGAAAGCGUAGGGAGCGUUCACCGAUCCCUCGCCCUACCAAGAUCCACAUCGGUCACUUAACGAGAAAUGUAACAAAGGAUCACAUAAUAGAAAUAUUCUCUUCAUACGGCCAGAUAAAAAUGGUAGACUUUGCAGUGGACAAAAUGCAUCCAAAUCAUGGUAGAGGGUUUGCUUAUGUUGAAUUUGAGACAGCUGAUGAGGCUGAGAACGCUAUGAAGCACAUGGAUGGAGGACAGAUCGACGGACAGGAGAUAACAGCAGCUCCAGUACUUCUACCCAAGCCCAGACCCAUGCCCAUGAGACGAAUGUCCCCUGGGAUAGGCAGAGGUGGACCCAUGAGAUGGGGAGGGAACAGGAGAAACUCACCACCGCGUUAUCGUCGACGUUCGCCUCCGAUGAAUCGUCGCAGAAGCCCCAGACCACCCAGACGCAGGCAGAGAUCCAGAUCAAGAAGUCCUGUUAAUAGUUCACGUCACAGGCAUCGAAGAUACACCAGGUCCAGCUCCAGCAGCUCGCGAUAAAAUCGAUGAAUUUUGGGUAAAUAAUAUCAUUUGGCGUGACUCAUGGGAGAAAAAAAAGUGGAUUAAAAUCAAUUAGUGAUUGAGGGAUGAAAUUUUUUCAUUGAGUUUCAGUUCUUGAGAAGUGAUUUGGGGUGCGAGGGAGGCAGAAGGAUUUUUUUUUUCAAGAAUGACAGCAGUACAAAAAAAAUCCGUGAUCAAGUUUCUAUCUGCGUUAGAUCCAAAUAUGUUUUUAAAAAACUGAAUUCAAGAGGAUCACACUUCCUAAUUUAUUUCAAUACUGUAUUAGUGACGUUUAAACAUGUGAGGGUUGAAAAUAACCCUCUCACUGAUCCCUGAUGGAAAUUUGUAUCUGUUUUUGAAUGGAAAAAUAAGGGAUCAAUUAUCUUUCGAGAAGUUAAUAAUUUGAGAUGCAAGAAGGCCAUAAAAAACGAUCACGGAAUUAUCUAAAAUUUAGCGUUAGCGAAAUAAUUGCACAAUUAUUGAAAACGACAACAAAAGGAAAAUCUCAAUCGUUUUUAAUUCAAUCGUAAAUAUCUGUUAUGAUGGAUUAUUUAAUUCACUAUGCCUUCAAUGAUAGACAACAUGAAAAUUUCCAAAUCAUUUAUCGGAGUAAAGCCAAGGAAGUGAGAAUGAUGAACCAAUAAUAUCGUAAUUGUAAUUAAGAAAAUUGUGAAACGAAUAAAAAUAAAAAAUUACCGAUAGGUAUUUUUUUUGCACUGUCAA